AUGUUUUGGUCAGGUCCAUAUUCGUCGGUGGAAAUGCAGAGAUGGUUCAAAACGGGUUAUUUUACGGAUGCAGUGCUGAUUCGAACGAAGGAUGAAGAUUGCUUUCAUACGCUUGCUGAAUGGGUGCACUACAGUAAUGGACAGAGCCCGUUCAUGCAGCUGUUGGGCACAUUCGAGGAACUUGCCGCCGUCUGCAUGCAGAUGCAAAUGUCCCAAAUCAUCAUUUCGCAGUCACGUGUACCACCAAACACUGGUCCAUAUGUGGUCAUGCAUCAAUCCGGUGCACCCACAGCACCGGUAAUGCCUACAGCCGUUCCAGGUUUUGUUCCAGCCCCCGGCUUUAUCGCUUAUCACCAGAAUCCUUUGAUGGUUGCGACACCGGCGCCGCCAUUCUUCCCAAACCAGCCUUUCUCACAGCCGCCGAGUGAGCCAGUUGAUGAGAUGCUUUCGACUGUAAGCAACACACCGGACGAUAGUGAUAUGGCUUGGAACACAAAUGCACCGCACUGCACGGUAUGUUCUCGUUACUUCAUAGUUCAGCUCUGGAGGAGCGGACAGUGUUGCUGA